GAGCUCAGAGAUUAAGGGGUUUGUCUGCACCGCCAGCAACAAGGAUUGCUCACAGUUCGUAACUUGCCAAAGAGGAAGGAUGAUUCAGUUUUUUUUCAACUUUUGCAGCUAACACAGAUCUGACUUUGUUGCAAAACAAGAAGUGGAUAACCUGUUUUUUUUCCUUUUGUUCAUCUGCUGGUGUAGGACAGGUAGAACAAAGUGUGGGGAGAAAGUGGCUGUGUGAGUCUGCAGAGUAAAGGAGCCAUGUGGAUGCAGGUGCCAGCAAGGCUUUGCUCUAACUUCUUUGAAGUUUUUUUCCCGUGUCAAAGGUGAAGGAUUAUGCUUGGCAUAGGAAUUUAGUCUUCCACUGAAUGACUUCAUGAGCUGAAUCUCAACAACUUCCAGGCAGAAUGUGAACAUUUGCCCAUGUUAUGCGCUGGUAUUCACGAGUCAAUAAGGAUGUUUGAGUGAGGUGCCAUGCUAUUCUUCAGCAGUGGGGCGGUGGACGCGACCCUAAGGAGUACAGCUAUUGACCCACUGCGGCAGGGGAAAACCAUUUACCACAUCUCUGUAAUCCUGAACGAAACACCAGAUGAUGCGCCGGUGUCAGUGCUUGGAAUGGGCCGGGUCACCCACACCCUGGCGGAGAAUUGCCUGCCAAGAGGAGAGAUAAUUAGUGUAGUACCAAUGGAGAACAGCCCCAGGCUGGGCAGGGCACGACAGGAGCUCAACAAGUGGCCCUCCCUGAGCCGUACAGGUAAGGCUGGGAGGCAAAGAGAGGAGGUGGUUGUGGAGGAGAAUGAGGAGGAGCUGGAGGAGGUGGAGGGAAAAAUGAGGACUGACAGGUUUUUGAAACAACCCUCAAAGAACUCAGGUAAACCCACACAGCAAGGCAGAGACGUGGCAGACUUCGCUGCUCGGACAGACACGCAGGAGCAACACAAUCGGAGCACAUCGCACUCUGUCCAUGCCAAAGGGCCUGUCUUUGGGGAACAUGGCACUGUUGCAGGACACCGCUCUCUGCCGCGGGCCGUGUUGCGAAGGCCACGUCAGGAUGAGGCUCCGCUCAGCAGGAGAACGGUGAGCAUGUAUGGCGAUCCACUCAAGCAGCAAAGAGAUUCGCAACCCGAACAAGAAAGACUGCUGCGGAGGCCCAGGAGCGUUUGCAUGCUGGCAGGCCCGGGCCCAAUCCUUUUGGCACCCCAGACCCAGCAACCCCAUGGCAUUUCAGAAAACAACCAGCAGUACCGGAGCAGGAAGGCUGAGUUGAGGGCAGUGGAUGGCCUCAAUCCUGUCAGUGUGGCUCAGCGGCCUUCGGUCACUGUGGAGGUGACCCCCAGGGUCCGCCAGAGGAACUGGAUGCCCAGGCCUGUCAGUAUGACAGUACUGGAGCUAAGAAAGAGGGGGUCUGAUGAUGAGAUUGACAGCCAUAGGAGCUGCAGCCGUGAUGGUGGUUUUCUCAAAGGGGGCUUCCGUUGGAGGCUAUUUGGUAAAGCACCUCAAGAUAAGAACAAGGAGAAGGAAAGUGACAAAGAUGCAAAUCCUUCUCCCAAAUCCAGCAAAACUGAUGCUCCAAAAAGUACACUGAACACUUUGAGACGGAGCCUCAGUCUGCGGAUCAGGAGGACUCGGCCCCGGGACAAGGUUAUUUUAGGGUCUGAGGGGGAGUCAAAGGAGUGCUCUCGGACUAAAUGUACAGCUGAGGAGACAUCAAUGCCUCCUCGACCUUUCUCGUACCUCACAGGGAGAACACUUCCAACUUCUAGUGAGCAGGUGGAGGAUGGGGGCAUUCAGUACAUUCAGUACCACAGCAGAGGAAAGGUAAAGGUCAUGGAGGUACCCCUCUGUCCAACAAAACUGUCCUCCAAACCAGUUCAGGAAGAACCAAGCUUAUGGCAGCUCAUAGCCAACCGUUUCAGGAGGAAAGAGCAGCCACAGAGUGGCAAAUGUGAAUCUCAGCUACCCCAGAGCACAAACACCGGCCAAAACCCCCUGGCAGGGAAUAAUAAGUCGCAGCCAGUCACCAUAGAGACUCCUGUAAGCAUUGACUCCCACAAAGGUCAAGACUCUUUCGUCAACAGCCAGGAAUGGACAUUGAGUCGGUCGGUGCCAGAGCUGAAAGUGGGCAUUGUGGGGAAUCUGUCCAGUGGGAAGUCUGCCCUGGUGCACCGGUACUUGACGGGCACAUAUGUGCAGGAGGAGUCUCCUGAAGGUGGACGGUUCAAGAAAGAAAUUGUUGUGGAUGGACAGAGCUACCUUCUUCUCAUCCGAGAUGAGGGAGGGCCUCCAGAACUGCAGUUUGCCGCCUGGGUGGAUGCGGUGGUUUUUGUCUUUAGCCUGGAAGAUGAGAUCAGCUUCCAGACGGUCUACAAUUACUUUCUGCGCCUCUCGAGCUACAGGAACACAGCUGAGGUCCCCAUGGUCCUCGUCGGAACACAAGAUGCCAUCAGUGCCGCCAACCCCAGAGUGAUCGAUGACUCUCGGGCCAGAAAGUUGUCAAACGACCUGAAGCGCUGCACGUACUAUGAGACCUGCUCCACCUAUGGCCUGAAUGUGGAGAGAGUCUUCCAGGACGUUGCCCAGAAGGUUGUGGCCAUGAGGAAAAAGCAGCAGCUCUCUAUUGGUCCAUGCAAAUCUCUCCCUAACUCUCCCAGCCACUCAUCAGUCCCCGCUGCAUCCAUCCCCUCUGUUCACAUCAACCAGGCAGCCAAUGGUGGGGGUGCGUUCAGUGACUACUCCUCCUCCGUUCCCUCCACCCCCAGCAUAAGUCAGCGGGAGAUGCGCAUUGAGACCAUAGCUGCCUCCAACACGCCCACGCCCAUCCGCAAGCAGUCGAAGCGCCGCUCCAACAUUUUCACAUCACGGAAAGCCAGUGAACAGGCAAAGAGCGUUGACAGUAAAACAGACAGCAUAGGCAGUGGAAGGGCCAUACCUAUCAAACAGGGAAUCCUUCUGAAGCGAAGUGGCAAAUCCCUCAACAAGGAGUGGAAAAAGAAAUAUGUCACACUGUGUGAUAACGGCGUCCUCACUUACCACCCCAGCUUACACGACUACAUGCAGAACGUGCAUGGGAAAGAGAUUGACUUGCUGAGGACCACAGUCAAGGUUCCCGGGAAGCGACCGCCCAGAGCCGUGGCCACCGUCGCCCCCACUGCGAGUCCCAAGACCAACGGGCUGACCAAGGACCGCAGCACCUUGCAGCUGGGCAUAGGAAACACAGGCGCUCCCCACUCCAACAGCAGCACAUCCCUCCAGACGGGCGGCUCGGUGUUCGGCGGCAGUAAAGACGGCAUGCAUCAGCGCUCCUUCUCCGUGUCCAGCGCCGACCAGUGGAAUGAAGCCAUCAACACCAGCACAAGCAGCGGCGCCCCCAAUGGGAUGAGCGAUCCAGCGAGUACCAGUGUGGGCAGCGCGACGAGUCCUAAACUUGAGCCGCCUCCUUCGCCUCAUGCAAACCGCAAGAAGCACAGACGGAAAAAGAGCACGGGCAUCACCAAGCCAGACGGCUUUUCUGCGGGCAAUGAAGAGCAAGAGGAUUCCUUUGAGUUCAUCAUUGUGUCGUUGACGGGUCAGACGUGGAACUUUGAAGCAUCCACGUAUGAGGAGAGGGAGCUGUGGGUCCAGGCGAUCGAGAGCCAGAUCUUUGCCAGCCUGCAGUCCUGCGAGAGCAUAAAAAACAAGUCACGGUUAGGCAGCCAAAGUGAUGCAAUGGCCAUUCAGUCCAUACGAAACGUGAGGGGGAACAGCUUCUGUGUGGACUGUGAUGCACCCAACCCAGACUGGGCCAGUUUGAACCUGGGCGCCUUGAUGUGCAUCGAGUGCUCCGGCAUCCACAGGAACCUGGGCACCCACCUGUCCCGCGUCCGCUCCCUGGACCUGGACGACUGGCCCGUGGAGCUCAGCAUGGUGAUGACCGCCAUCGGAAACGCGAUGGCCAACAGCGUGUGGGAGGGCGCGCUGGAGGGCUACAACAAGCCGGGGAGCGACAGCACCAGGGAGGAGAAGGAGCGCUGGAUCCGAGCCAAGUACGAGCAGAAGCUGUUCCUGGUGGGGCUGCCCCAGUCCGACGUGCCCCUGGGGCAGCAGCUGCUUCGGGCGGUGGUGGAGGACGACCUGAGGCUGGUGGUGCUGCUGCUGGCCCACGGCACCAAGGAGGAGGUUAACGAGACCUACGGGGACGGAGACGGUCGGACCGCUCUGCACCUGUCCUGCGCCAUGGCAAACGUGGUGAUCACGCAGCUGCUCAUCUGGUACGGUGUGGAUGUGAAGAGUCGCGACGCUCGCGGCCAGACACCGCUGUCCUACGCUCGGCGAGCUGGCAGCCAGGAGUGCGCAGACAUCCUCCUUCAGCACGGUUGCCCCAACGAUACGAGCACCCUCACCUCGGUGCCCACGCCCAACAUGAGCCGCCGCAACCCCAACCCGAACAUCAACAACAACAACGCCCAGUGUGAGCUCAACCGCAGUAUCAGCAUCAUGUAGGAGCGGGAGAGCGGCCGCGAGCAGACAUUUAAAAAAAACCACCCCUGUCUCUUUCCAGUACUUCCUCCUGUUUCACACUGUGUAACCCAGAAUCAGCAGCGAUGGAGAGAUAUUAGGAGUUUGUGGACUCAUUGUUGAUAUUCCACUACACUGAACGAAGUGGAUUUGCGAGGUUCGGACAUUGUACAUUGUUUUUGUUUUUAUAUAAGUGUUUUUUAAAGUGUUUUGUUUGUUGAAUUCAUUCAAUCGUGGUCUGAAAGGACCAUGAUCAGCUUUAAGCUUUAUGUUUUUUAAGCGUCAACCAAACAAAUGACUUACUUUGGCAUUCAUACCUACCCUACGAAAAGCAUUUCCUUAAUGCUUGAACAUUUCCUUUUUAUGUCUUCCCCCUUCUGCAGCGUGAACUGAUUUUAUAAUGAGCGUAAAUGAGAAACUUCCUCCAAAUUUUCAAGCCCGGGCAUAAUAACUUGAAACUGUGAGGAAUAAUUUUUUGAAGUGACAAAACACUGAUGCGGCAAGGAAACUAAAUCUUCCGUGAUAUCAAUGGCUGUUGCAGCUUCAGUAAUGAUGCAUGGGCUUCAACACAGCAAUCAAGCUCUUGACAUACUAUUCAUAUACAAAGGCAAAGCAAUAAUAGCUAAAGAGUCCAAACGGUUGAGAUAUUUAAAGAGUUUGAAAUAUCAUAAAGAAGUUGAUUGCAGAAUUCCUUUGGGCUGAAAGUGAGUCUUUUCCUCCGCCACCCUUAUCAUGAUCCUCCAGUAAAAAUGUCCAUGACUAUAAAGGAAUUAAGGGGGACAAUGUUUUAUGACCAUUGAGCCACACACGGCUUUGUGAGUGGGCCUCUUCAAUCAGAAUAUAUUCAAACUCAAGAGUUCGAUUGAAACAGUGAAAUUGCACCAUUAUCAUGUCUUUGUUGGAGUAACUUUUUUUCCGAUUGACUAGAUUGUGUUGAUAAUUGUUUGACAGAUUCAUGCAAUUUCAAACAAUAGGCUUGCGUACUGGAAUAUCCACUCACCUCCUCUGGCCAAAGGCUGUAAAACCGGUACUCUAGAGUGCAUUUUCCUCUAUUAUUGCUGUGAAAUACAUAUGUGGUGGUACUGUGUGUGUACGUUCGUGCAUACUGUACGAUUUCGUGUGUGCUUGCGUCUUCGUCUGUGACCGUGUGCAGCAGAGAGCGACCGGACAUUUCCCGUUCGUAUGCAAUGGAGGGAAGGCAAGCGGCUACAGUGGAGAUGUGGGAACAUAACUGUGUUUUAAUGUACAGACCUCUGUAAAAAAAAAGAAAAAAAAAAAAAGUAGUGUUUGUUCCAUUGCCUCAUUCCUUUAAGAACAGUUUUGACUUACUCUGACUUUUAGAGUCACUGAAAUCUUUCUUAAGUUAACGCAAUUGCAUUCGAGCGACUGAAAUUAGAGUGUAGGGAUUAGAAUAAGCAAGGAGGUUCACGGAGGGAAGUAAUUAGUUUGACCCUCUUUGCAUCAGUACAAAUGUACAGUAUUCCACAGACACGAUAAGCCCAUUUAUUUAGUAAAUAGGACUUGGGUACCUCCUUGGUACCGGGCAACGAAUUCAGGUGGUGUUGGCAAAAUGUCUACAGUGUAUUUUUUCCCCAUUUAUUCAACUGCCAUUUUAAAGGUUUUUAAACCUUCUUGAUUUUUAUGGGUUUACAAAGGCGGGAUGUAUGUUUACAGAGCAAGUUUCUAACUUGGUACCAUAAAUGUGUAUUCUUUUUUUGUUGUUGCUUUACAGUGUUUUUGUUUUCCACCUCCAAAUGAAAAAUGAAUAAACCUGAUCAACGUGGACAUUGUGAAUCCAGAAGAUGGCAAAAAUGUUAAUCCAAGGAAUUUUGGGAAAUAAACUUAUUUGCUAUUCUAUUCUAAUGGUAAGCAAGGCACCAUGUAGCUCCCUCUAAAAUUACAAUACUAGAUUUUUUUCAAUGCAUUCAGCAAGCAAGAUCUAUCAUCAUAAUAAAAAAAUUUCCCUGUGAAUAAGCGUAUUUCCCAAGAUGUCAAACUUCCCUCUUCAGAAGUAUACCGGAUAUACUGUACCUUCACUGUACUGUGCUACGGGCCUUAUUUCUGAUCUUUACUUGACCGAUUUAUUUCAUCGUUGGAGGAGAUUACUGAGAGGAGUUUUUGAAUUGCACAGUGAUGACUGAACCUUCAUUUACAUACUGUAGAUGCUGAAAGAACACGAGAAACUGCCUGUGUUUCCCCCCAAAACUCAAAAUGAAGUGUACAUAUUAGCUCCAUGCCUUUAGACAAGCUCCUCGAGAAACAAACUGAACUGUUUUUUUCUUUUGGUCCUCUUGACCCAUGAACCCUACUUUAACGUGUUGCAUUUGUUUCUCCUUAGACAUAUUUUGAAGGUACUUUUGUUUGGUCUCAACAUAAAAACUGACCACCUUUGGUACUUGUGUAUAAUGAUGUACAUUUGACAUAUUUAUAAUGCAGUAUGUAAAUAUCUUUUUUUUUUUCUUUUUUUGGUUCCGUUUUUGGUUUUGUUCCAAGUCAAUUUUUUUCCUAUUGUAAUUCCUUUUACGUUCAGAACGUGAAACAAAGCAGAAGCUAAAGAGUAACUUGUUGUACGCUUGGAUGCUUGGCUGACUGUUGACCUAUUAAUAAACACUCAACGAUGUAGCCUUCCCUGGAUUUAGGGAAAUCGA